AUAAUCCGUAUCCCCCACCGCAUCGCGCCCCCCGCUCGCCACAUCCGACUGAUCGUUAUCGGAGCUCUCGAUUGAUUCCGCCGAAACCCGCGACUCAACCACCACAGAGACACCCGGCGCAUGUUGCGGUGUAUUAAUCCUCGGCCCUGGACCAGCGAUGGCCUUCCCGCCAGCCGCACCAUUGCCAACGGCGGCAGCAGCCCCUCCUCCCGGUGCGGCGGUGGCACCCAUCCUCAGAUUCGUCGAGAGGGUCGGCAACGCACCGGGGGGCGCAUUAUGCGAGCGCGACAUCAUCGACGCCGGCCAUCGUAGCUGCGACAUGUACGACGGGGGAUUGGGCGAUUCGAGUCGACGGCCCGGCGUCGGCGUGGCUGCGUUGGCCGCUGCAUGAUGGUUCGGACCAUGCCCAUGCCAGGAAUACAUUGGGUCUCUUUUUUGGGGGGCGGAUCUAAGAGAUCCAAGUUCUGAGGUUGGAGGGCUUCUUUUUUUGGUGUGUGAUGGGCGAUUUUUCUUCCUUUUUUUUCCCCCCCCCCAGGUUGCUUCUUGGUUGUGGUGAGUCUGGCUUCUAGAGUGGGCGGCGUGGUAUGUAUUAUGUAUCGGUGGUGGAGUGAAAAAAUGGACCGUUGCUUUGCA